AGGGCCACCAAGAUGCCUGUCAGACCUGUUCCUCCAGGACCUUCCACCAAAACUGUGAGGAGUGCUUGCCAUUUACAAAGAAGGAGGAGGAAAGCGAGCUCCCAUCUAUCCCCAGGAAAGCAGGGGGCUCUUUCCUUUGAGCCCUAACUUGCAUUGUAGCCUAGAGAAAGCAGCCCUGGGAGAGGACACCAGACACCCCCCCCCCCCAUCCUGGUGAGGAGUGCCCACAGUAAAUGUAAACCUCUUUCACAAACCUCCCCGUAGGGUGCAGGCGGCAGCCAUGGCAGAGCUGUGCCGCACCAACUCGUCGCUGACUGCGCUGGACGAGGAGGUGCUGUGGGAGCUGAUGGAGAGCCACCGCCACCGCAUCGUGCGCAGCAUCUACCCCAGCCGCCUCACGCCCUACCUGCGCCAGGCCAAGGUGUUGGGCCAGCUGGACGAGGAGGAGGUGCUCUACAGCCCCCGGCUCACCAACACCGCCAUGCGUGUGGGUCACCUGCUGGACCUGCUGAAGGCUCGGGGCAAGAAUGAGGCCACUGCUUUCCUUGAGAGCCUCAAAUUCCACAACCCUGAUGUCUACACCCUUGUCACAGGGCUGCAGCCUGAUGUGGACUUCAGCAACUUCAGUGGACUCAUGGAGACUUCUAAGUUGACGGAGUGCCUGGCGGGGGCCGUCAGCAGCCUUCAGGAGGAGCUGAGCCAGGAAAAGGGGCAGAAAGAGGCGCUGCGGCUGCAGUGCGGGCGGCUUCAGGAGCGUCUGGGGGCGGCAGAGGCGCGCGCUCAGGGACUGGGCCAGCUGGAGGCCGAGCACGGGCGCAUGAAGCGCGAGGUCAGCGCCCACUUCCACGAGGUGCUGAAGCUCAAGGAUGAGCUGUUGGGCCUGUCCCUCCGCUACAGCAACUCUCUGCAGGAGAAGGAGCUGGCCGCCACACGCUGCCGCAGCCUGCAGGAGGAGCUGUACCUGACGAAGCAGGAGCUUCAGCAGGAGAAACUGUCCUCCUCCUGCGAGCGGGAGUUCCGGGAACGAGCCCUCAUAAUGGGUGACAGGGACGAAGAGGUGGCCCGGCUGAAGGGGGAGAAUGAGAGGCUGCGCUCUCUCACCUUCAGCCUGGCAGAGAAGGACAUCCUGGAACAGAACCUGGACGAGGCACUGGAGAGCAAGCAGGAGCUGGUGGGCCGCAUCCACUCACUGAGGGGGCGUGACAUGGCGGCCGAGAUGCAGCGGAAGCAGUACUGGGAGGAGAAGGAGCAGAUGCUGCUGCAGUUCCAGAAGGUGCAGGUAGACUGUGAGAUCUACAAGGAGAAGACCAGAGCACUGCGGAACCAGGUGGCCGAGCUACAGAAGGAGCGAGACCAGGCCUACUCUGCUAGAGAUGGAGCCCAGCUGGAGAUGUCACAGAACCUGACGGAGAAGGACUCCCUCCGCAGGAAGGUGUUUGAGCUCACUCACGAGCUUGGAGAGCUGCGGCAACGGCUCCUGCAGCUGCAGGCCCAGGCCCAGAACAGGGAUGCUGGAGCCAGAGAGCCGGGCCCAAGGGGGAAGCAGCGGCUAGUGCGCAUGUUUGCCAUCUGCCCGCAGGAUGACGGCGACAGCCCCAGCUCCUCCAAGUCUCAGCUCUGGUCUGACCUGAGUGUCACAUCUAGUCGUGAGCUGGUGGACAGCUUCCGCUCCAGUAGCCCCCUGCCCCCCAGCCAGCAGUCGCUGUACAAGAGGGCCACCGCCGACUUCUGGGAGGAGCCUUGGUCCUCCAGCAGCUUCCCAGACACCCUGGAGGCAGAGCUGGGAGCCAAAGCAGGAGACACAGACCUGGACUAUGAGAUUGUGGACAGGGCAGACCUCCCUGAGCCCGAGGCCAGUCUGCAGCUACCCCCUGGGGGUCUCCAUGCCUCAGUCAGCAACAUCCAGGUGCGGCGCAGGCGAGCUCGAAAGAUCCUGAGCCAGGUGACAGUACUGGCCUUCCAGGGACACGAGCUGCUGGAGCAGAUAAGUGUUAUCGGUGGGAACCUCACGGGCAUCUUCAUCCACCGUGUCACUCCAGGCUCGCCAGCUGACCAGAUGGCCCUGCGCCCUGGCACCCAGAUCCUGAUGGUGGACUGUGAGGCCACAGAGCCUCUGUUCAAGGCCGUGCUGGAGGACACGACGCUCGAGCAGGCUGUGGGCCUUCUGCAGAGGGUAACUGGCUUCUGCUGCCUAUCUGUCAAGGUCAACACGGAGGGUUAUAAGAAGCUGGUGCAGGACUUGGAGGCCAAAGUGGCCACAUCGGGGGACUCGUUCUACAUCCGAGUCAACCUGGCCCUGGAGGGUCGCACAGAGGGGGAGCUGCAGGUCCACUGCAAUGACAUCCUGCAUGUCACUGACACCCUGUUCCAGGGCCACCCCUGCUGGUAUGCCCACCGUGUGGGCCCCUACAGUACCAGGGACAGCGAGCAUGGCACCAUCCCCAACUACUCUCGGGCCCAGCAGCUGCUCAUUGCCCUGAUCCAGGACAUGGCUCAGCAGAGCACCUCCACCCGCAAGUCUUCCGGGGGACCCCAGAAGUUGGUCCGCAUCAUCAGCACAGACAAAACCAAGGCCAACCCUCUAGGCUUAUCCUUUGAUGGGGGCCAGUGGGACCCCAGCAAGGUGGAAGAGCCCCCCACCUUGUGCUUCUGGGCAGAGAGCUGCUUCACCCUGGUGCCCUACACACUGGUGCACUCCCACAGGCCCAGCCAGCCUCGGCCUGUGAUCUUUGUCCCCAGGCUGCUGGGGAAGGUCCUGAGUGAGAAGCUGGGCUCCCUCCAAGGCUUUAAGAAGUGCCCUGCAGAGAUCUUGAGUCCAGAGGAGUAUGACACCUUGAACCAGAGAGGGGACAUUGUCCAGGAGAGAGAGGCAUCGGGUGGCCUCUCCUGGGUGACCCGCCGAACUGUUGAGUUCCUCAUGGAGAAAAACAACCAUGCCCUCCUGGACGUGCGGCUGGACAGCAUCUCUGUGCUGCACAGGAUGGAGAUCUUCCCCAUUGUCCUCCAUGUGGGCAUCAAUGAGAAGGUGGCCAAGAAGCUUAGGAAAGCCCUGCAGAAACUCAGCAUCUCGGAGGAACAGCUCCUGGAAGCCUGCCGGCAGGAAGAGGCCAAACUGGACAAGGUGCCCUGUCUGUACAGCAGCCUGGCCCCUGAGGGCUGGGGCGACCUGGAAGCCCUGCUCAGCUGUGUACGACAGGCCAUUGCAGACGAGCAGAAGAAGGUGGUGUGGACAGAACAUAGCCCCCAAUGA